CUUUUGUAUACGUUCGAAGUUCAAUCCAUGCGCAAUGAACUUGCGCAUUUACGAAAAGGGUGAAUAAGUGAAAAAUUUUGGUAAGAUUUUCGGAUAGUUAACUCAACGAUAUUCAAGAUGACUGGUGGUACAUCCACCGAAAAGUCAACAAGUAAUCCUCUGGAACAAUUUGUGCUGCUUGCAAAAACAGCUAAAGGUGCAGCAGCUUUGGAAUUAAUACGUCAAGCUGUAGAAACACCGGGAGUUCAUGUCUUCGGUGAAUUACUGGAUAUGCCAAAUAUAAAGGAAUUGGAAAGUGGUCCAUAUGUUCAAUAUUGGAAUACAUUAAAUUUAUUUGCAUAUGGUACAUACAAACAAUAUUUAGAGAAUAAGGAUAAGGUACUAGAAUUGACUCCAACGCAAAAAAAGAAGCUUCAGCAUCUUACAAUUGUGACUCUUGCAACCAAGUCUAAAUGUAUACCUUAUUCUGUCUUACUCGAAGAACUUGAUAUAAAAAAUGUCAGAGAUCUAGAGGAUUUAAUAAUAGAAGCUAUAUAUGCAGACAUAAUACAUGGUAAAUUAGAUCAAAAGAAUUCUCAAUUGGAAGUGGACUAUGCUGGUUUAGGACGCGAUGUUAGACCUGGUGAUGCAGGAGUAGUAGCAGAAACUUUAUCUGCUUGGGGAGAAGCUUGUGAUGCUGUUUUAGCAUGUAUUGAAGAACAAGUAACACGUGCAAAUGUAGAAAAACAAAAAGCUACUUAUCACAAAGAAAGAAUACAACGAGAUAUUGCCAAUAUAAAGAAGUCACUUGCUGCUCAAGCUGGUGGUGGUGGAGUGCAAGAAGCUGAUGUAGCAGGAGGUAGUUCUAGUGCAGGUGGCAGUGAAUCUGGUAGAGAAGCCUUACCAGUGCUACCAGAUUUAAAGAAAAAGCAACAGAAGAUGAAAUGUCUCAGAGGCAGUGACAUGCAAUCGUCACCGUAGCAGAGAGACUGAUGGUUACUGACAUCGACGUAAUCCUCAAUGCGACAUGAUUGCCAGUACCAAAAUAGAGUGGAACAAAGGCUAACCAUAUAACGCAGGUAGUGUACAUAGUAAAGCCUAAUUAAAUGAUUAUUAUGUUGUUUAUAUUUCAUUUACUACGUAAAUUGUAUUAAUUCUAAUUGAGUAAUUUAUGUUGUGUAUGCUUUAAGAAAUAAUAAUAAUAAUAAUAAUAAUUAUAAGCGAUAAUAAUAAUAAGCGAGCUCAAAUGUAAUGUCUAAUGGAAAAAUUAAUAUUAUAUAUACAUACAUAUAUGCAUGUU